AUGCCGUACGUAAUAAGUCUCUCCACCAAGUACCCAGACAAUUGCAGUGCGACUCGGGAAGGCCAUGAUCCCUCCUCCGUAGACCCAAGGAACAUUUCAAAUGGAGGAUAUACUGGCCUUUCCAAGUACUCGGAGUUCAAACAGGGAGGAAGAGAGGAAGAGAGGAAGAGAGGAAGAGGGGAAGAAAGAAGAGGAGAAAACAAGAAGAGAGGAAGAGGAAGCCGAACAUACAAGCAUCUCGAGCAGCUCAGGACUGACACUGCGGAUACUGCGCAGCUGGUGAAGUCGCUGGGCAAUGGGCUUGGACUUCGACACACGGUUGUGGUGGAAUAUGCUGAGAGCAAGAGUAUUCUUGAGCACUCUCGCGGUGAACAAGGCGACUUCGAAUUGAGAAGGGUUUAUUUACUUGAAAUGAAUGACGGAAUACGAUACUUCGUCAAUCUUAACGGCAAAGGUGGGUGUUGGAAGCUAGUCGAGAGCGUUUCAGACCCUGGAUUCAGACGAACAGACCCCCGGAAAGUAAACAAAACAAAAAUAACAUUACAUUCCGUGCCCCGCAGUCGUGAUGCCCCUGAGACGGUUUGUCGCAUGAAGACGCAAUAA